AUGUCUUCAGUUUCUGCUCAAGGUGUCGUGGAGCGUGCCUCUGCAGAACUUUCACGUCGUAUCACCGGUCUAGGUCUUAGGGGUCGCAAGCGUUCCCCUGGCGUGGUUGAACGUGUGACGAAUGCGCUUUGUGGCCCUACUACGGCCACUGCAGCACCAAGAGUACCACGUCGUCGCAGACCUUCUCCGAGACCUUUGUCAUGGAACCAAUUUAUACUAGAGGAGAAGUUUCUAGAGAAGUUUUUUCUCUAUUUUAAUGCAAAUGAUAGAAGGACGUUAGCACAAGUUUGUACCAGAUGGCGUGAUAUAUUGUACUCUUCACCUCGCUGGUGGAGUGGUCUUGCAGCUGUUCUGGACUGCCGUGAACUUCGGUCUACUACAGGGUGCUGUAUGCAACGGUUUUACAAUUCUUUAAUUAGAAGAGGAAUACGUGGAGUGGUAUUAGUAUCAGCUUCUGAUGAUGACAUAAAUGAAUUUAUUAGACAAUUUUCUCUGUCAGCACAUCAUAUUCAUGCCAUUAGUUUAAAAGGAUGUACAAUAACAGAUAGAGGUUUGGAGGCAGUACUAGAUCAUUUGCAGGUUCUCUUUGAGCUAGAACUAACAGGAUGCAAUGAAAUAACAGAGGCUGGAUUGUGGGCAUGUCUAACUCCACGAAUUGUCUCACUCACUCUUACUGACUGCAUUAAUAUUGCUGAUGAGGCUGUUGGAGCAGUAGCUCAGCUUCUACCAUCCCUAUAUGAGUUCUCAUUGCAAGCGUAUCACGUAACCGACGCUGCUUUGGGGUACUUUUCUCCCAAACAAAGUGCUUCACUUAGCGUAUUACGUCUUCACAGUUGUUGGGAGCUGACUAAUCACGGUGUUGUCAAUAUAGUUCACUCGUUGCCGAACUUGACGGUGUUAUCACUAAGCGGAUGCAGCAAGGUGACGGAUGAAGGGGUCGAACUGUUGGCAGAAAAUCUCCCACGUUUGCGAAGCCUCGAUUUAAGUUGGUGUCCUCGUGUUACGGAUAAUGCUCUUGAGUAUAUUGCCUGCGAUCUCAACCACCUCGAGGAACUUACACUUGACAGAUGUGUGCACAUAACAGAUAUUGGCGUGGGAUACAUUAGUACCAUGCAGUCUCUUGUGGCGCUGUUCCUGCGUUGGUGCUCUCAAGUACGAGACUUUGGUGUCCAACAUCUGUGCGGCAUGCGUUCACUUCAACUUCUGUCGUUAGCUGGUUGUCCAUUGUUAACUUCGGGUGGAUUAUCCAGUCUCAUACAACUAAGACAAUUACGUGAACUAGAACUAACGAACUGUCCAGGUGCGUCACCGGAACUUUUCGACUAUCUCCAUGAACACUUACCAAGAUGCCUCAUCAUAGAAUAA